AUGGAAGCGUUCCAAGACGCAACCCUCCCUCCCUCCGCGAUCGACGCCGCGAAACGCGUUCUCGCGGCGUGGGAGGAAAUCGAUCUGGAAGGGAAGAAAUCCGGGUGGGACGCGUUAGGGUUGACGAUCUCGCAGUUCCAGGAAACGAGCUCGAAGAACCGCCGGUCUCUCGCGGAGCAGACGAAGGCGUUCAAGAGCAGCGGCGGGGAGAAGAAGGACUUUGCGCCGCUGCUCAAGGCAUACCAGGCGGAGAUCGACUCGAUCACGAAGCGCGCGAAGCACGCGGAGAGCGCGUACCUGGGCGUGUACCAGGCGCUCUACGACGCGCCCGACGUGCUGCCGCUGCUGCGCUCCUUCGUGCCCGUCGCGGCGCGCGUGGCGGGCGCGGAGCAGGAGGCGCGGCGACUGCGGCAGGAGAUGGAGAUCGUGCGUGCGGACGCAGCAGCAGGCAAGGCACUGCAGGCGUCACUGCAUCGCCUGCAGGAGCGCAACACAGAGCUGGAGGAGCGGCUGACAGAGAAGGUGCGGGAGGCGCUGGAGGAGAGGGCGGGGGAGAUGGAGGCGCGCGUGCUGGUCUUCCGCCAGCGCGAGGCGGACCUAGAGGCGCGCAUCCGCGAGGGGAUGGAGAACCUCGCCGCCAUGCAGAGAGCAAACGAGGCGAUGCAGGGCGUGGUGUUUGAGGCGAAUGCACGCAUGGAGGAGGAGAGGGCGAGCAAGCAGCACGAGAUUGAUGGGCUCAUGGAGGAGCUUGAACGCAGCCAGGCUCGUGUGAGCAUGCUGGAGCAGCGGCUCUCUGCUGCUACCGCUGCUGCUACUGCUGCUUCGCCCCCUCUUCGCCCUGCUUCUGCCACACCCGCCGCUGCCGCUGCCGCUGCCGCUGCUGGUGAAAGCUUGCUUGGGGAAGGAGAAUUAACCACAGAAGGGGAGGAGGGGGGUGCUAAGUCCCCUGCACUGCUCUCAGCAUCAGCAUCGGCAUCAGCAUCAGCAGCAGAUGCUGCGGCUGCGGCUGUGGCAGAGGAUCCUGAGGUGGCUAAGGAGAGGCUUGUGUCUCGCCUGCACAUGCAGCUGCAGCAGAUGCAGGACACGCUGCAGCGCGAGAGGGAUGAGUGGGAGGGGGCGUUGCAGCAGGCGCAGCAGCAGGUGGCGGAGAGGGAGGCGCAGGUGCAGCAGGUGCAGGCGGAGCUGCAGGCAAGGGCGUCCCCCGCGCAGGUGGAGGAGCUGAGACAGCAGAUCCGCGUGCUGCAGGUGAGGCAUGGGGGGAGGGGGCAGUGGGGGAGCUGGGCUGCGGAGGUUGGGGUGUUUGAUAGACUCAGGAUGGGUGGGGGUAUGCGGGGUCUAGGGGAGGAUGUCCCCCGCGCAGGUGGAGAAGCUGAGACAGCAGAUCCGCGUGCUGCAGGUGGGCAGGGGGGGAAUGGGGCGGGGGAGUGGGGGGGAUGGGCAGGGGGGAGGAGGGAGGGGGGUGUUUUGAUGGUCACGGGAUGGGUGGGCGCACGGGGUCAAAGGGGUGUCCCCCGCGCAGGUGGAGGAGCUGAGACAGCAGAUCCGCGUGCUGCAGACACAGCAUGGGCGCAGGUGGAGGGGCUGAGACAGCAGAUCCGCGUGCUGCAGGUAUGGGGGAGGGGAACUGGGUGGAAGGGGGAGGGGCGAGAGGGAGGGAGUGUGAACAGACACAUCAUGGUAGGGGGGAGGGUAGAGCAGACAGAGGGUGGUUGA